AUGGCUUCCUUUGAAUCCAAAGCAGUAAAACAAAGCAGUACUGCUCUUCAAGAAAUGCAGAAGUUUUCAUUAAGAAGAUUGGAAAUAUCUAUCAACAAGUUCAUCAAAGUGAUAACAAUAGACAUAGAUAGACUGCAGCAGCACAGAUUGAAUGUCGAAAAAUUCAAUAGACUUAAUGAUUGGAGUGCUCUUAACCGAGAGAAUGUGAAUGCUACAAGGACAGUUCAACAGAUUAAGGCAAAUAUCAAAGAAAUCAAAAAAUUAAGAACACAGGUCAUGGAUGAAGAUAUUGAAGAAUUUGACACUAAAACAGACCCAAUGGUACAACAAGCUAUACACACACUGCAAGAUUUUGUGAAUUUAAGAACAGAAAUAUCUCAAAGUUAUGGCAAUACUGUUACUGAUGACACAGAUGUGUUCUCCGGCAGACAGAGAACUGUGAGUGAGAAUGAGCUUCUUAUUGUGGAGACAGAGCAGUUACACCAUAUCCCUGACAGUUCUCAGGCAGAGGAAUCCUGGGAAAAUUUACAUGAGAACUUGGUGGAAUUAAAUUCUUUAAUACAUGAUUUUUCAAGUGCAGUGAAGACACAACAAGAAACUGUUGAUAGAAUUGAGGACAACAUUGAGAAAGCACACGAAGGAGUCCAAAAGGGGGCCAUUCAACUGGGAAAGGCAUCCAAAUACAAAGCUGCUAUAUUCCCAGUAGCAGGUGCCCUUCUUGGUACAGUGGUGGCAGGACCAGUAGGAUUGAUAGCUGGGGCCAAAAUAGGGGGCGUUGUGGGGGUGGGAAUUGGAGGGACAGCUGGAUUUUUUGGGGGUAGAUUGCUGAAAAAUAGACAAAAUCAAGUCACAGAGGUAGAACUGAAAAAUAUGAGUGUGAAAAAAUCCUCUUCUUUACCGGACAUAGCGUCUGAGUCUGGACAGAAAAAAGGAUGGUUACCAUGGACAUGACAUGCGCAUUUAUCACUUAAUUCAUAGGUGUGAUUUUAAGAGAGACAUUGGUAUAUCAGUAUUAUAUGUGAAAUGUUAUUUAUUGUGUAUUAAUUCCAUCAAUAAAGUUUGAAGAAGGUUCCAUUUUCACCCAAGAUUGCCUCUCUUUGUAAGAUAUUAAACUGAAAAAUUGAAAUUGAUUGAAAUUUUACAAAGAAUG